AUGGAGUACAAGUUUCUGAAAAGGAAAGCUGCUAUCGUUCGAUAUGGAGGAAGUCAACCUCCAUCUCUGUUCAACAUCACCGAGCCUAGUACAGCAGCGGAUCCGGAGCCAGAAUACUAUUUAGGUGACUUAAUAUCUGGAACUUAUUGUUCCCGAAUUUUCAGCGACUGUGAUAGGAAACACUGCCGUCUACAGUCCCCCAACUUUCCGGGGAUCUAUCCCCGAAAUCUGACGUGCUACUACGCUGUCAGGCAGCACGAGAUACCACCAGGCAAACACGCGCUAAUAACAGUUCGCCAACCAAAAGGUCAGCUCGUCUCCAUACGCAGCCAAGCAGCAUUAUUCGGUACAGCAACACCAAGCGAAAUAAAAGUUUGGGACGCAUGCGAUGACGUCCAAGAUUACGUGACAGUCUACGAUGGGUACACUACGAGAGAUCCAGUGAUUCUUAAGUUCUGCGGUGGGGGUGAAGAGGUUCCUCCUGCUGUGUCCAGCGGGCAUGAACUGUUAGUGGAGUUUUCGUCUUCUCCGUAUGGUACUUUCCUGCAUCCUACGCCGGUGCAGGCGUUGCAUGGGUUUCAGCUAGAAGUAGAGGUUACCUUCGUAGACCAACAAUCUCCCUCGUUCACCAAACAAAAACGAAUGUGCGAGUUCUGGGUACGUGGCACCAACCGAGGCGUCUUGGAGAGUCCUAUACAUUCAGUACCAGCUAACACGACCUGCCUAUACCAUCUCCAAGGACUCGAUGCGUCUAUUUCGCCUACUCCACCGCCACCACAUCGAACACGCUAUCCAGACUGGAGGCAUGUCGGCAUGAUACUACCGCCUCCCCGAUAUCGAGUAUGGUUAAGUGUUUUAAAAUUUCACGUGGCCAGUGCGUGGGAUCCCAAGAAGGCCGACCAAAUCUGUAGGAGUUAUUUAAACGUUUGGGAUGGCCAGCUGUGGACUCCGUCGAAUUGUGAUGGAUUAUACUGGAAUUUGUUCAACUUUCCACCAUUGCAUUCUUUACAUGGUCGUGAAAUAAAUCCUUACUGA